CUUCCAAGGCCUCCCCGCAAUUAGGCAAUCCGGGCGCGCCAGCAUAGAUCGCUGCUGUCUUCUCCGAAUCUGUCAUGGAGCCGGAAGCCGCAAGCUUGGAGCUGCAGCCGCCCAACCACCUCGCUCCAGGCCAUCUCUCAACCUUCGACUAGACCACAGGGCUUGCUUGAUGUAGGCCAAUGUACGACGGGACAGAAAAAGUCCUCUUAGGACGCGAUCCAGUAGUUACAGGCAAUUAAGCUCCAAACAGAAAACACAGGCCGGGACGUCAGUCGACCAGCAGGACGGGCCCCACGGCAUCUUGGGCGUCUUGCUUUUCUUUCUCUAGUGGUCUCUACGGUUGCGCUCAUCUAUCCUCACGAAGCGACUUUGCUCACGACAGUAGCCUCCAAGAUGCCUACGUGGCUCGUUCACGGCUUUCGUUGGCCUCGGGCGCAAAUACGCAUCCACGUCAUCCUCCAGAACCUCGACGAUGCCGCGCCAGAGUGGCUUAUGGCGCCCGCAACCACAGCCUGCAUGAUUAAAAACUUCAAGGACCAGUGGCCCGAGCAAUUGGCCCAACUGCCCGGCCUCCGCUUCAUCGAGCAAUACGACCCUGAAGAUAUCACAGUCAAAGACCAGCCGUACGCAUACGUAUGCGACAUCGUGCACCACAUCCAACUCGGUGUGGAUGUAGACGACAUCCGAGGGAACGGUCUUGGGGAAGAACAAUGGGCAGCUAUUGCAGACCUGAGGGACAAGGUCGCUCCCGGAGCGAAACUGGGCUGGUUCGUCGUGGUCAACGGGGACGUGGAGAGGUGGGCACCACCACUGGACGACGAAGACGACGACACAACACCGGAAGCCAGCCAGUUCAGUCCGACUAGCCAACGAAGCAGUGUUGGUCAGGUGGAUGAAGUCCGCGGGCAACAGGUACAACGAUCGUCUACGGGUAGGAGCCUCAAGAAGUGGAUCGGUGGGCUCAAAAAGUCGAGAAGUGCAAAAGACCUGAAGACGAACAUGGCGAUCCGAGAACCCGCACCACCAGUACCGCCCUUGUCACCCAACGCCGCAGACCAGUCUCAAGCACUAAACCCAGCAAAUGGGAAGGCGCCCUUGUCGCCACGGUGAUUAUCAUAUGUUUCACGACACACGAAGAUGUUGAUAACAUACGCGAGAGCAAAUCGGCCUGGCAUGUAGCCCAUCUUGAUAGAGUAACAUGGCAACUCACGAAAGGAAGACUUUGGGGUGCACAUGGCGAGUCUUGGAAAUGUCAAUGGGCACUUCAAACGCAGCUGGAGCCCUGAUGCUAAGAUUCACAUGAGCCGUAACAAGAUCAUUAGCAAUCAUAAAUAUAGGUCACGUUGCUUUUAAAUAUACUGCAAUCUCCGAACUAAGUAAUAAGUAACCUUGGG